AUGCCACCAGCGAGUUUGCUCUGCAUAAGUGAUUGUGCUACAUGUCCUGUUAUUUGUUCUCCACCACCUUUCCCAAUCACACUCAAGCCACCACCCUCACCACCAUCAUCAGUACUACUACAAACACCACCACCGCCACCACUUUUCGCCCCACUCCGCCCCUCACCACCUCAGUCUUCCUCCCAUUCACCGCAGAAAGCACCUAAAUCUCCUCCACCAUCUUACAUGAUAUAUACUGGUGCUCCUCCUCCUCCUCAUGCUCAUCCUUCUAAUUGUCCUACACUUCCUAAUACUCCCAAUAUUAUCAAUAUCCCAUCAACUCAGGUGCCACCAGUACAAAAGAAUUACACUUACCCUUACUACUAUUAUUUUACUUCAGAGGCAGCUUCUCAUCCACUUUAUGGCUCCAUUUUUCUGGGAAUUUGGGUGGUCUUCCAUUUCAUCUGUAUUUGUUGGUGA